AUGUCUUUUGCCUGUGAUAGAUGCAAGAAUGAAUGCCAUACUCUUUCAGAUACUCAAGGAGAUGAAGGAGUGGUGUUACAGUCACCUCCUUCAACAUAUGAGCACGAUGAGAGUCACUCAAAAGGAGGGAUCCCUUCAUAUGGCCCGCCUUCCGAUUCACCAGACGAUGAUUUAUCUCCUAAUCAAACAGGUGAUGUCAUUUCUCCAGCUGAUGCUUGCUAUGAGUUUAAUACUGCUACACCUGAUAUUGCUUCCCCUCUAUCACCUGAGUUUUCAGGUACGCUAAGUAUUUUGUCUACUGAUAAGCAACAAUUACAGGGUUCUGAUAUGAGUGGGUCACAUACUGAAUGUCUAAAAACCACUCAUUUAAUAACGUCAACUAGUAGUUGUCCUCCAGUUCAUGUUACUGAAAUUGGGCCAAAUACUGACAAAUCCAAAUUGUCCACUGAUCUCAGUCUGCAAAGUAGUGAUAAGGAUACAGAGUCUUACAGUCAAUCACAGUGCCUACCUUGUCCAAAAGAGCUAAAAAGUACAGAAGUAAUCAACAAUGGGUCAAACUCUUCUGCAGUCUUAGCAGGGGAAAGUUCUGAGAAAAAAAGCACUAAUCACAAUUCCAUGUUGCCUGAAGAAGCUGUUGAAACAAGUUUUGCAGACUUCUGCCAAAUGUCAAAAGCCGAAGAGGAGAGUGAGUCUGAGUCUGAAGCUAACUCGGUUAUAGAAAGAGACCCUUCAUUAUUAGGGGCAAUGGCCUGUAGUGAAGAGGCACAAACACAGGGUAAAGAAACAGCAGAAGGGAAAGUAAAUUUAGAAAAUCAAGAAAGGAUGCCUACAUUUUAUACUGAUGCAUUAGAUUUGAAAGGAAAUCAAAACGGAUCCAGUACAAGAGUAGGUAUAAAGAAAGAGGAUGAAAAGUCUGAAGCUAUGAGCCUGCAGGAGUCUGAUUCAUCUGCAACUAGCGCAUUGGUUGAUUCUUCAGGAAGUACUGUUGUUGAAGAUAAUAAAGCUGAUGAAAAUACUGACGGUGCUAAUGAUGACGAAACAUUUGAGGAUCCAAUGGCAUCGGUGGAGCCUGAAGAGGCAACAUCAAGCCAAAUAUAUACUGGGAGUUUUCCAUCUGAUAAAAAUCUAGAAGCUAAAUUAAUUCAAGAAAAAAUAGAAAACAUCAUCACUGAAGCUGUAGAAGAGGUAAAAAAAGAUAGUCUCCAAAAUAAGGAGAGGAAACAAUCUCAGGAAGAUAUUGUUGUUCCACCAGACAAAGAAAGCAAUGAUGAUAAUUUGGAACAGUAUUACUCAUUUGAUGAUUCACAGAGUGUUGUAAGUGAUGACACUUUAGAAAUGGUAGAUACAAACAUAGAAGCCUUAAAUGAUGAUGCUGAUGAUGAACAUGAAGAAUCAGUUGAUGAUUUUGAAAGCAAUAAAGAAAAAAGUAAUUUAACAGAUGAACCAGAUAUAACAUUAUGUAAGACAACUGAUACAAGAGAAGAAAUAAAAUCAUCUGAGGUUGAAAAUACAGCAGCCACGACAGAUGUACAUCAACUAUCAAUGGCAGGACCAGUAGAUGAAAUUCAAGCAGCUGAGGUAGAAACAGCAGUGGAAGAUCAAAAAUCUGUGGUAGCAUCUGAAGAGGAGGGUAAACAAGCUGAAGCUGCACCUGAAGAGGAGAGUACAGCAACUGAGAUAGGAACAGUAGAGGAAAGUAAACCAGUCAAGGAAGACACUGCUGAAGAAAUUAAAUUAGUUGAAGCAGCACAUGCAGAGGAAAGUAAACCAGCAGAGGAAAGUAAACCAGCUGGGGCAGCUCCCACAGUGGAAGAAAGUAAACCAGCUGAGGCUACUCCAGCAGAGGAAAGUAAAAUUACUGAAGUGGAAAUUAAACCAGCUGAAGCUGUUCCCACAGAGGAAAGUAAACCGCCUGAGGCAGCUCCCGCGGAGGAAAGUAAACCGACCGAGGCAGCUCCCGCGGAGGAAAGUAAACCGACCGAGGCAGCUCCUGCAGAGGAAAGUAAACCGACCGAGGAAAGAAAGCUGUCUGAGAUUGCUCCUGCAGAGGAAAGUAAUCUUGCUGAGAUUGCUCCUGUGGAGGAAUGUAAACUGUCUGAGGCUGUUCCCACGGAGGAAUGUAAACUGGUCAAAGCUGCUCUGGCAGAGGAAAGUAAACCAGCUGAGCCAGUAAUUGAAGAGGAAAUUAAACUGACGGAUGCUGCUCCCACAGAGGAAAGUAAACUGGCUGAUGUAGCUCCUGCAGAGGAAAUUAAAUUGGCUGAGGCUGCUCCUGGAGAGGAGGGAAGUAUGCUAGCUGAGACUGCUCCAACAGAGGAAAGUAAGCUGGUAGAAACUGCUCCUGAAGAGAAAAGUAAGCCAGCCGAGGCUGCUUUCGCAGAGGAAAGUAAACUGGCCGAGGCUGUUCCUGCAGAGGAAAGUAAGCCUGUUGAAGAUGCUCCCAGACAGGAAAUUAAACUAGACAAUCCAGUAAUUGAAGAGGAGAGUAAACUGGACAAGACUUCUCCUGCAGAUGGAAGUAAAGCAACCAAACCAGUCAGUAAAGAGGAAAUUAAAGCAGCUGAGCAAUUAAUUGAAGAGGAGAUUAAACCGGCUGAAGCUGCACCUUCAGAGGAAAGUAAACCGGCUGAAGCUGAACCCGCAGAGGAAAGCAAACCAGCCAAGGCUGAACCCACAGAAGAAAGUAAACUGGCCAAGGCUUCUCCCACAGAGGAAAGUAAACCGGCCGAGGCUGUAUCCGCAGAGGAAAGUAAACCGUCCGAGGCUGCCCUCACAGAGGAAAAUAAACCUGCCAAGGCUGUUCCCACAGAGGAAACUAAACCAGUCGAAACUUCUUCGGCAGAAGAAAGUAGACCAGUACAACCACCAAUUGAAGAGGAUAUUAAACCAGUCGAGGCUGCUCGUCCAGAGGAAAGUAAAUCGUCAGAGGCUGCUCCAGCAGAGGAAGGUAAAUUGGCCGAGGCUGGUCUUGCAGAGGAAAGUAAACUGGCUGAAGCUGCUUCCGCAGAUGAAAGUAACCAGGCCAAGGCCAUUACUGGAGAUGAAACCAAAGUAGACGAGCCAGUAAUUGAAGAGGAAUGUAAACUGGCUAGGGCUGGUCAAGCAGAAGAAAGUCAAGCAUCUGAGCCAGAAAUUGAAGAGGAUAUUAAACCGGCCAAAGCUGCUCCAGCAGAGGAAAGUAAACGUGCUGAGGCUGCACACGCAGGAGAAUGUAAAGCGAUUGACGCAGUUCCUGCAGAUGAUACUAAAGCAGCCGAGCCAGUAAUUGAAGAAGAUAUUAAACUGGCCGAGGCAGCUCCUGCAGAGGAAAGUAAACCAGCCGAAGAUGCUCCUGCAGAGGAAAGUAAACCAGCUGAGGCAGUUCCCGCAGAUGAAACUAAAGCAUCUGAGCCAGUAAUUGAAGAGGAUAUUAAACCAGCUAAGGCUGCUCCUGCUGAGGAAAGUAAAGCAUCUGAUGCAGUUCCCGCAGAUGAAACUAAAACAGCCAAGCCAGAUAUUGAACAAGAAAGUAAACCUGCCGAGGCUGCCUCUGCAGAGGAAAGUAAACUGGCUGUGGCUGCUCCUGUAGAGGAAAGUAAACCUGCCGAAGCAGUUUCUGCAGAUGAAACAAAAGUAGAUGAGCGAGUAAUUAAAGAGGAUAUUAAACCAGCCGAGGCUUAUCCUGCAGAGCAAAGUAAACUGGCUGACGCAGUACCCACAGAUGAAAGUAAAAGAGUUGAGCCAGUUAUUGAAGAGGAAAUUAAACAGGCUGAGUCUGCUCCUGCAGAGGAAAGUAAAGCAUCUGAGGCAGUUAUUGAAGAGGAAAUUAAACCAUCAGACACUGCUCCUGCAGAGGAAAGUGAAUCAGCCAAGGCUGCUUCCGCAGACGGAAUUACACCGGCCGAGACAGUUUCCACAGAUGAAACUAAAGCAGUUGAGCCAGUAAUUGAAGAAGAUAUUAAACCAGCCGAUGCUGCACCUGCAGAGGAAAGUAAACCAGCUGAGGCAGUUCCAGCAGAUGAAACUAAAGAAGCAGAGCCAGUAAUCAAAGAGGAAAGUAAACUGGCUGAAGCUGCUCCUACAGAGGAAAGUGAACCGGCUGAGGCUGCACCUGCAGUGGAAAGUAAACACGCUGAAGCUGCUCCCGCAGAGGAAAGUAAACACGCUGAAGCUUCUCCUGCAGAGGAAACUAAACCUGCUGAAGCUGCUCCCGCAGAGGAUAGUAAACCGGGCGAGGCUGCUCCUGCAGAGGAAAGUAAACCGGACGAGGCUGCUCCAGCAGAGGAAAGUAAACUGGUCGAAGCUGCUCCCGCAGAGGAAAGUAAACCAGCUGAGGCUGCUACCGCAGAGGAAAGUAAACCAGCUGAGGCUGCUACCGCAGAGGAAAGUAAACCAGCUGAUGCUACUCCCACUGCUCCCACAGAGGAAAGUAAACCGGCUGAGGCUGCACCUGCAGUGGAAAGUAAACCUGCUGAAGCUGCUCCUGCAGAGGAAAGUAAACCGACUGAGGCUGCUCCCGCAGAUGAAAGUAAACCGGCUGAUGCUACUCCCACUGCUCCCGCAGAGGAAACUAAACCUGCUGAAGCUGCUCCCGCAGAGGAAAGUAAACCGACUGAGGCUGCUCCCGCAGAUGAAAGUAAACCGGCUGAUGCUACUCCCACUGCUCCCACAGAGGAAAGUAAACCGGCUGAGGCUGCUCCCGCAGAGGAAAGUAAACCUGCUGAAGCUGCUCCCGCAGAGGAAAGUAAACUGGCCGAGGCAGCUCCCGCAGAGGAAAGCAAAGCAGCUGAAGUGGCUACCGCAGAGGAAAAUAAACUGUCUGUGGCUGCUCCCGCAGAGGAAAGUAAACUGGAUGAGGCAGUACCCGCAGAGGAAAGUAAACCAGCUGAAGCUUCUCCCGCAGUGGAAAGUAAAACCGCUGAAGCUGCUCCCGCAGAGGACAGUAAACCCGAUGAAGCUGCUCCCGCAGAGGAAAGUAAACCGACCGAGGCUGCUCCCGCAGAGGAAAGUAAACCGGCUGAUGCUACUCCCAUGGCUCCCGCAGACGAAAGUAAACUGGCCGAGGCUGCUCCCGCAGAGGAAACUAAACCUGCUGAAGCUGCUCCCGCAGAGGAAAGAAAACCGGCCGAGGCUGCUCCCGCGGAGGAAACUAAACCCGCUGAAGCUGCUCCCGCAGAGGAAAGUAAACCGACCGAGGCUGCUCCCGCAGAGGAAAGUAAACCGGCCGAGGCUGCUCCCACAGAGGAAAGUAAACCAGCUGAAGCUGCUCCCACAGAGGAAAGUAAACUGACCGAGUGUGCUCAGGCAGAGGAAAGUAAACCAGCUGAAGCUGCUCCUGCAGAGGAAAGUAAACCGGUCGAGGCUGCUCCAGCAGAGGAAAGUAAACCUGCUGAAGCUGCUCCCACAGAGGAAAGUAAAUCGGGUGAGGCAGCUUCCACAGAGGAAAGUAAACCGGCUGAUGCCGCUCCCACUGUUCCCGCAGAGGAAAGUAAACCAGCCGAGUUUGCUCAGGCAGAGGAAAGUAAACCGGUUGAAGCUGCUCCCACAGAGGUAAGUAAACCGGCUGAGCUUGCUCUGGGAGAGGAAACUAAACCGGCCGAGGCUGGUCCCGCAAAGGAAACUAAACUGGCUGAAGCUGCUCCCACAGAGGAAAGUAAACAGGCUGAAGGUUCUCACUCUGAGGAAAGUAAACCGGCUGAAGGUGCUCUUGCAGAGGAAAGUAAACCAGCUGAAGCUGCUACCACAGAGGAAAGUAAACCGGCUGAGUCUGCUCUGGCAGAGGAAACUGCUCCUGCAGAGGAAAGUAAACCGGAUGAAUAUGCUCCCGCAGAGGAAAAGAAACCGGGCGAGGAUGCUCCUGCAGAGGAAAAUAAACCAGCUGAGGCUGUUCCUGCAGAUGAAUCUAAAACUGCGGAGCCAGUAAUCGAAGAGGAAAGUAAACUGGUUGAGGCUACUCAUGCUGAGGAAAGUAAACCAGACAAAAUCGCUCCCACAGAGGAAAGUAAACCAACUGAAGCUGCUCCCGCAGAGGAAAGUAAACUGGCUGAGGCUGCUACAGCAGAGGAAAGUAAACUGGCUGAAGCUGCACCCGCAGAGGAAAGUAAACCGGUUGAAGCCGCUCCCGCAGAGGAAAGUAAACCAGCUGAAGCCGCUCCCGCAGAGGAAAGUAAACCGGCUGAAGAUGCUCCUGCUGCAGAAAGUAAACCAGCUGAAGAUGCUCCCACAGAGGAAAUUAAACCAGCUGAAGGUGCUCCAUGA